ACCUACUAGUACUACUGAUUACUGACUGGAUUGGGUCCGCAUUUCAAGGAUCUCCAUUCUCCAAUAAUAUCCUUCCUCCAAUUCUACCGGAAAACCCACAGAUUCCACUUCUCACUUCCAUCCACAACCUCAAACUUUUCAACAAAUUCUGACAUUGUUUCCCCUGUUUUUUUGGUCCUGAUCCCAGAAAAAUAUGCACUCUUUAACCUCUUCAAACCUAGUACUACAAUUUCCCCCUUUACUCCCAAGAAAAUUCCCGCAUAGAACUGAGCCUAUGUUGUCGAAUCGGAUGAAACCAAGAAAAGGGCUCCUCAAAGAUCCAAUCUUUUUCACAACCCUGAAUUCUAUACACGCCCCUGACAAUCUAAUUCGGAGUAAUUUUCAGGAAGAUUCUUGUUCAACCAUAAACCAAACGGGAAUUCCAUUUUCCCCGACUCUGACCGUUGCUGAAAAAGUUCAUUUUUUGGCUUCCGAAUUCAGAUCAUUGUCAGAACCGAUUGAGAGAGUGAAAAGAUUGCUGCACUACGCAACGCUUCUUCCUCCAUUGGAUGAGUCGGCCCGGGUGGAAGAAAACCGGGUCACGGGUUGUACCACAAUGGUUUGGUUGAAGGUGGAAAUGGACAGUGAUAAGUUAAUGAGAUUUGGAGUAGAUAGUGAUUCUGUAAUUACCAAAGGGUUCUGUUCCUGUUUGAUUUGGUUGUUUGAUGGAGCGGUUCCUGAAGAAGUUCUGAGUGUAAAUUGUGACCAUUUGAUGGAUAUGAAUGUGGGAUUAAUGCCCAGUAAAGGUCCUUCCAGGGUGAAUACCUGGCAUAAUGUAUUUUCAAGUAUGCAGAAAAGGACUAAAAGUUUCAUUGAGUUUAGGGAUUCAAAAGAUCGGUCUUUGACUCGUUUCCCACCUUCAGUUGCUUCUCCGGACGCCAUUAAUGGAAGUUUCAAGGAAGCUCAGAAUCAGAUGUGAAAUUCGUGUUGAAAUGUGUAUUGCGUACAAGAAACUGAAGGGAUUUCUCGCCCCCCAGUCGUCGGCCAUUAUCUGCACAAAUUCAAAGCACCUAAUGUUCAAGGUACGUAUGCAGACAAUAAUUACUUUACUUACUUGAACUGUUGUCAUUCGAUUAACCAUUUGAAUAACGCAAUCGCACUGUUUUCCGGUUUUUUGAUUUUUUUUUUUCCAGCCAACAAUCAAAUUCCGGCUCAAUUCUCAACGUACAAGACUGACUUGACAACAUCCGGCUAAAUUAAUCGCCGGAAUUAUCUAGCAAAAGUGUGAACUUUUAUGGAAGACGAAUGUCUAUGUGAUUAUUAUGUCAUUUAACAGGAUUGACUUAACUCUGUGCACCUCGUGUAUCUUGAUCAUCUUUUUAUUUAUAUCCUUUUCUUAUAAAUGAGCAUACGCACUAAUGCUUAUAUUAGUAUAAAACAAGGUGAUACACUGAAAAAUAAAAAUAAAAAUCCCAGCGAAUUGUGAAUAGUUUGAUUGGCUUAGGAUUUGGUCCUGGACCAAACCUUAAGGACUUGCAUGUCUUCAAGUUAGUUUCCAACGUUGUUCCCCAACAUAUUAGUGUAAAUUCUUCUGGCCUUAAAAAGAUAUCGUACUAGUUCACGGCAAGAACGUCUUCCCGCUUUCCUUGAUAAAAUUUCAUAGAGAAACCAAAAAGGGGGACAGAAGCCGUCGAUUGGAACAUUCUGAAAGCAAAGGAAAAUGACACCCUAUAUUGUGUUGAUGAAGAAGUUGGCCUCGCAUUUUGGGCUCAGUCAUUUGAUAUUGAUCCGAAUUCAUACAUCAUUACAAAAAAUGGUGAAAAGGGUAGUGGACUACUAAAGGUAACGUAGUCGUCGUAAACUUGUGAUAGCUAGCCAUUAAUUAGAAGGGAUGUAUAUGUUGAUGUUGUUUUAUUGCCUGAGCAAAAUCCAGUACUAUAUUUAGCAGUAACAAAAAAAAGAUCGGACGUUCAUGAUUAUAAGAUGGAU